GGUAGGGUUUAUAAUUUGAUUUGAGAGUGGGAGUGGGAGUGAAAACAAUGAGUGUUCCUGAAGCUCCAAGCAUCAACUAUCAUCCAUACUCCCAUGCACUUCAAAUUAGGGUUUACCAAGCUUUCAUAUUCUCCAUCCCAAUCCUCUUCUCCAUCAUACUCUUCCUUUUGUUCUACUUGUUCUACCUCAAAAGAAGGGCUUAUGCUAUUUCUUCUUCCCCACCAACACUUCCACCUUCUACAUUCAAUUAUGCUACUUCAUUUCUCCCCAUGUCUCAUCAUGUAAUGGGAUUGAAAGGAGAUCUCAAGGAUAAGCUGCCGAAGGUCAUUUUUGGUGAAGAUUUAAAAGCAAAGGAUUCACUAUGCUGUGUUUGUCUUGGUGAAUUCGAAAUGAAUGAAGAGUUGAUUCAAGUGCCAUCAUGCAAGCAUAUCUUCCACAGAGACUGUAUUCACCAUUGGCUUCAAUCCAAUUCCACUUGUCCCCUUUGUAGAUGCUGUGUUUUUUUAGCUGUGGGCCCUCUUUCACUACCUGUGGUGGGCCCACCAACAGAGCCCCAUUCUAGUGGUGACGAUGAUGACCCACCAACUGAAGGUACAACAUGUGAAGCACAAGGUACAACCACCACAACUGCUGCUGCCAGUAGCAGUAAUAGCAACUGUCUAAGAGUCUCCUCCAACUCCAGUCAUGUGUCUAGUGGGCUUUCUGUAGUUAUACAUGUUGGAGUUGGACCCCAAUAACACUAGUCAAAAUAUCUUACAAGAUACUAGAAAUUGGCAUAUAUAUAUAUAUAUGAUCGGUUCAAAUCACACUAAAGAUGAAGAAUAUAUGCGCGUUUUGUUGUGUAAAGUUAUUAUAUACUUCCAAAUAAGUCGUGAAAUAAAGCUAGGAGAGUACUUAAAUCAGAUACUCGAGAGGUGAUCGUGGACUAGGGUCGAGGAUAGGAUGGGAUCGUAGCUCAUGUUCGUGAUCCAAAUCCUUUUGUAUAUUGGCAUUCCGUUAGUUUGUGACGGAAGGAAUUUUGAGAAGGUGGUCAAAAGAGUAGCAUUAAUGUUUUAUAUAUGUGGAAUUUAAUACAUGAAUUUUAACCC